AUGACCAAAAAAGACAAUCGUAGGUGGAUUAGUCUAGUGGCACUUGUUUGUCAAACUACUAGUCUUGUUCUUCUACUACGUUAUUCAAGAACAGUGAAAACUGAAAAAUAUUUAUCAUCAACAGCUAUUGUGACUGCAGAAUUUCUUAAAGGAAUUGUCUGUAUUUUUCUUGUCUGGUUAGAAAAUGAUCGUUCAAUUAAUCGAGUCAUCCUAGUACUUAAUGAAGAAAUUUAUAAUAAACCUCAUGAUACUAUGAAAUUAGCUAUACCAAGUGGAUUAUAUUCCAUUCAAAAUAAUCUUUUAUUUAUAGCAUUAUCUUAUUUAAAUGCAGCAACAUAUCAAGUAACUUAUCAGCUAAAAAUUUUAACAACAGCUUUAUUUAGUGUAUUUAUGCUGAAAAAAAAAAUAGAAAAACGUCAAUGGUUUUCUUUAUUUAUGCUUGCUAUUGGUGUUGCACUUGUUACAUGGCCAACACCAGAUGAAUCAAAUAAACGUUUAACAGUACAAAAUCAAGCAACAUGGUUGCAACAAAUGAUGGGUUUUUGUGCAGUCUUAGUAUCUGCAGUAACAUCCGGUUUUGCAGGUGUCUAUUUUGAACAAAUACUUAAAACUGGACCAACAUCUGUUUGGGUUAGAAAUAUUCAAUUAGCUAUUUUUGGAACAAUUUUUGGUUUAUUGAUUGUAAUUUGUUUUGAUUAUAAAGCCGUUAUGGAUAAAGGCUUUUUUCAAGGUUACACAACAUUAGUAUGGAUCGUUAUCUUUCUUCAAGCAACUGGAGGUUUAAUAAUUGCUGUUGUUAUCAAAUAUGCUGAUAAUAUUAUCAAAGGUUUUGCUACUUCUCUUUCAAUUCUUUUCUCGUCCGUGAUUUCUUACUUUGUCUUACAUGAUUUUACACCGACUUUAUUUUUCUAUAUUGGAACAAUGUGUGUAUUAAGUGCAACAUUUCUUUAUGGAUGGGAAAAACCUAAAGUAACACCAUCGGCUAAUGAUCAACCACGUGUUUAA